AUGAAUCCUCUUCCACCGGAGCCCUUGAAUCAAAUAUGUCUUAGUCUUCAUGCUGAUGGGUUGGAUUCACGUACAACACUCUCAGCUUUCAGUCGGCUCAGUCACACUUGUUAUGGAAUAGCCGCCCCGCUUUUUUAUCGACACCUUUCUAUCAAGUUCUGGAGUGCUGAAAGCCUCAGAAAAACCGUCUCCGAGUUGACAGAGGAUGGCCAGGGGCGUCAGUUCGUGAAAUACGCUAUGAAAUUAUCUGUCAUAUGUCUUAAUCCAGGUUUAGGCAAUACAACACAGGAUCUUCUCUGGCAGUUGGAAGGCUGUAAGUUGGGAAACACUCGUGUCGGCCAAGAGGAUCCGGCCACGAAAGUCACCUUUCUGGAGUCUCAUUUGACGGAUCCAACUUUAUCAUAUGCCUCAGGAGUCCUUCUCCUCAAAGGUUGGUCGAACUAUCGGCAAUGGGAAAGAGACUGGGGUCCACUUACUGCCCUAGUCGCCCGCUUGUGCCAUCUAGGAGAGAUCGAAUUCCUCGUUCGGAACGAUUUUCCAAUCUCACUACAGGAAGCUAUAUCACAGCACCAUCCAAAAUGUCAGCUGAAGCUUUUGUGGCCACAGAACGUGACCUCCAGCGUCCCAAAUUUAAAAAACCAAACAUGCCCUCGGCUAAGGAAGAUAAUAAGCAAUGACGACUUUGCCGGCAUCGAUAUCAAUCUUCUACGUCUCGAGGGGUUACAUACAUUGUCCGUCCAAAUUCCGAGCAGAUCUGAUAGCAAAGGCCGCUGGAUAGAGAUCGACGAAAUGCUGCCUUUCCUUCUUUUGGCUCCCAACUUGAAGCACCUUCUCUUACGGAAAAGUUCCACAGCCCAUCGACUCCCAGUCGCUAUGCUAAAGCAAGAAUGGAAUAACCUCGCUGUUUCUACACAACCCGUGCCGGUAUCUUCCUUGCAUUCGAUUUCAAUCGGUGAAGCGGGGCCACCCGAAAAUAUCCUACUAAAGCUGGCUAGUAUCGCGGAUAUUUCCCAACUUCGCUGCACUUUUCCCAACCUCGAGCGACUAUUUAUCUCGACAAAUGGACGCGGUUGGCGCUGUCCAGAUCUCAAUAGUGACGAUGAUAUUGGAGUCUCUGCAAUAAGGGCAUUCAAUCCCCUGGUUUAUCUCCAUCUUCGCGGCUUCCGUAGCGUCUCUUCUCUGAAUCAAAUCAUACAGCGACAUGGCCCUACUCUAAAGGGUCUUAUCAUUAUGCCGUGCAUUCGGGAUAAGGGUAGGACGGAAGACGACUCUGGGUAUAAAUAUCCAGAGCUUGAUGCCUUUGGUAUAAGCCAGCUAGCCAAAUCCUGUCCCCAGCUAGAGGAACUCCGUCUUCCAAUCAAAAGAUCCAUGGGUAGUCAAGAAGAGUGCGAGAUGUAUAAGGCCGUGGGGAGCUUUUCAAACCUCCAUAGUCUUGUACUAGAUCUUCAUUUCGACCCCAGACCGCGGCCGGUAGACCCAAUGUAA